CAGUUAUUGCACAUCGACGCAUGAGGUCGGAUGGUGUAUGCUCUUCUUAGAAGUUUGGGAUUCAAGGCAAAUGGACCAACUUCAUGACCCAAUUCUCAAACAGUACAUUACCUCAAUGGCGUUGAGCAAUUCAAUUUUGAAACACACCUCCUCUGAUAACUUUUGCGUUAUUAAAAACGACAGUGCUUUAUUACAUCCAGCUUCAAAGACGGUCUCCUUAUACCUUACCCGGGUUCCACAUUCACAAAGUUCCUACGUUCAUGUUCUGCGGUGCAAUACGUGUGAUUAUCUCACACUGAACCCAGCAACUCUUAAAGAGCACGUGAGAAAUAAACACCCAUCUUCCCUUGGUUUCUGGACGUACUCUUGUUUACAGUGCUCCAGUAUGUCUACAGAAAAGUCUCUCAUGGAAGAGCACCUGAAACUGUACCACAGGCAAAAUGAUGGUCUUUCUGGCAAGCUCAUUGAACGUUUUCACGAUCCAACCUCAGCGGAACCACAGAACACGGCUGUCAGCAUUAGCGGAGCAGCUAUCCCGUUCGAUAUGACAGGAACACCAUCAUUUCCGGGUAGUCUCACAGUCAACUUGGUGAACGCGGUUCAAUCCCCAGGGAAGAUUCAAACCAUCACGUCAUCCAUCCAAUCCCCCAACAAAACGAAUGUCAGCACAUUGAUGUCGAGCAGUCCCUCUUUAAAUGGAUCACCGCCCAGUGUUGCCAGUCACUCGGCCGCAGAAGCACAAGAUAACUCCGCAGACGAUAUUUCACAAAAAACACAACCGUUCAGUUCAAUCAGUCCUUGCGAAACCGGUGCUUUCACCUCGGCCUCUUCAGUCUGUACCGUUAGUGGCUCUCGAAGAAGGAAAGCCACGACACCC